CGGAGAACUGGACCGACCCCCGCGAGACGCUGCUGGAGGGGAUGCUCUUCAGCCUCAAGUACAUGGGCAUGACGCUGGUGGAGCAGCCCAAGGGAGAGGAGCUCUCCGCGGCCGCCGUCAAAAGGAUCGUCGCCACCGCAAAAGCAAGUGGAAAGAAACUGCAGAAAGUGACUCUGAAAGUCUCGCCCAGAGGGAUCGUGUUAAACGACAGCGGGACGAACGAGCUGAUCGAGAACGUCUCCAUAUACAGGAUAUCCUACUGCACGGCAGACAAGAUCCACGAUAAAGUGUUUGCCUACAUUGCCCAGAACCAGCUCAAUGAGAACCUGGAGUGCCAUGCCUUCCUCUGUACCAAACGGAAAAUGGCGCAAGCGGUCACCCUCACCGUAGCCCAGGCCUUCAAAAUCGCAUUCGAGUUCUGGCAAGCAGCUAAGGAAGAGAGGGAGAAGCGGGAAAGGUCCAUCUUGGAAGGAGCAGCGACGAGCAGCCCCAGCUCGGAAGCCCCUGCCCAUCCCGACACACCAGCAGCCACGGGGAACUUGCUGGAUUUAGAAGAUCCUGCCAAAUCGCCCCUGACCAGCAGCGCAGACUCCCCGCACUUAGAUAACAGCGUGUUUGGGCCCAGCUCCUCUGUGAAUAACAACGUGGUGUGGGAAAUGGAUGAUGGUCUCGACGAGGCAUUUUCAAGACUGGCUCAGUCGAGAACAAACCCGCAUGUCCUCGACACGGGACUGACUGCUCAAGACAUCCAGAGUGCAGAAACGCUCUCACCUGUAGACUGGAACAAAAUAGAUUCCAACACAGGCGAGAAAGAUGAUCUGUUCAUGUUUUGAGGUCAAAUGCAUCGAAGAGCUGACAAGAGAAUAACCACUAAAAAUCUAUGGACUGAAUCAUGCUGUUCCGCGUGCUGUACGCGGGGACGUUUCUGAGGGCUCUUCACCAAGUCAGAUGAUGUUACAGCACAGUUUAGACCAAAGCUGUAGAAAUCUAAUGCAGAUUUUUGUACCUUUCCUUUAUCUAAACCACGAGAUGCUCUUGAACAUAUUUAUUCAUAGCCGUUACAGUUUACAUACAUUAUUGGAAGGCGUGUAGAGCAUCUACAGUAUUAGGUGGCAAUAUACCACAGAAGAACCUUCAGCAGUGCCUGUUCCUCUCUGAAAAAAGACUAUGCAACACCAAAGUCUCUCUGUAUAUACUUUUCUAGACAAAGGUCUGCAGAUGCAAAUGCAAUUGCAAGCACAACUGUUACUAAUCCACUGUUUCUUGGACAACAGGUCCCCUGCCUA